AUGUGCGAGCUCCUGUGGUCGGAUCCCCAGCCGAUGGGCGGGCGGGCGCCGUCCAAGCGCGGGGUGGGCUGCCAGUUCGGGCCGGACGUGACCAGCAACUUCCUCGCCCGCAACGGUUUGGAUUACAUCAUCAGGAGUCACGAGGUCAAGAACGACGGCUACGAGGUGGCCCACGAUGGGAAGUGUAUUACGGUGUUCUCCGCCCCUAAUUACUGUGAUACAAUGGGUAAUCUUGGUGCUUUUAUCACAAUGAAUGGUAAAGACUUGAAGCCUAAUUUCACUACGUAUGAAGCUGUGCCCCACCCCGACGUGAAGCCGAUGGCAUACGCGCAUUCCUUCUUCAACUUGCUCUGCCAGUGAUGCGACUGAGUCGUGCGCUCCUCUACAUUCAUUGAUCACACAUAACAAGCCACCACACCAGUUAAGUCUAGUUACUUUACAUUAAUGGGUAUUCGCCUCGUUUUAUUUUUUUUUAUAUCCAUCAAAAUUGGCCAGUAACCGUUUGAUUUAUUUAAAAUUAGAUUUUUUGUCUAUGUCAUUUUAUGACAACGCCUUUAUAAAAUUUAAUUUCAGUUCUUUUCUCACGGUAGAUUGUAGUUUCGCUCCGAGAUGUCCGUAAAUUAUUAUUUUGUAUCGAAAAAUUCACAAGCUUGUCUUCCGCCAUGUAUUACUAUCAUAAUCUAAAUUUUUAUAGUGAUUUUUAAAUACACGGACGACAUGUACGUUCUAUUUUGACAAAAUAAAUAAAAUUAUACAUUUUUCUACGAAUCUUAUUAAACCAAAAUUUAAAUGCGUUCUUUUGUUUUUAAAUUUAUGGUGCGUUUGCGAAUUCGCAAGUGGAAAGGUCAUGUUUUUUUAAAGGUGCGGUCAUACCAACGCCACCUGCGUUUUAUUUUACUUUAAAUCCAUUUUCAGUAAAUCACACGACUAUUAAUGCCUAUUUAAACCUAGCAAGUAAAUAAUGUCCGUUCUUUCGUUAAUGUUUACUGUCAAUUACAAUGCGUAUUUCGAUUAUAUUAUGUGCAUACUAGAUACCUAUAUGAUAAAUACAAUAAUUCAUCGCUUUGUUUGAGAAGCCAACUCACCAAGAAGUACAGCAUAUUUUUAAACAGGGGCAGAAACUGUAACGGGACCCCUCUGCAGCAUUUAAGAUAAUUUACUCCUACAAAAAAAAACCAAUGGUUGGCAUUUGUGUGAAAGGAACAAAAAUAAUUCUUUAUCAAUUUGUAAGUACUCUUUAUUUGUUAUGAUUUAAAAGGUUUUUUCAAUUAAUUGACGAUGUUAAUAUUAUAAUAUCAUUAUAUUAAAGCUCUAUUUCGAUUUAUAUAUCUAUAGCCAAAAACAUUAAUUAUUAAAACCUUUGAAAUGUCCCCCCUAGAUACGGAGCUGAUUCCCUUCGAAGAAACGUGCAAAAUAUACUAAGAAUUUCAUAUCAAAAGCCGUUGGUUAGACCGUGCCUUACUUGACUAUAAUUAUAUUUGAUUGACAAUCAACUGGGAGUGUACUACCAAUGAACUGUGAAUGGAGGUAACUGUAACUAUCGCCUUCUAUCCAUGGGAUAUAUUUCUAAGACAAUACUAAAUGCUAUUGUAUAUUGGAGUUUCUAAGUCCUUUGUAUAAUGUAUCAUCUAAAUAUAGAUACUUUAAUAGAUAUGAGCGGUCAUUCGAGCUUGCACGUCCACUGAACCGAGAGGUCCUGGGUUCGAUCCGCGGUCGGGUCAUGAUGGAAAAUGAUCUUUUUCUGAUUGGCCCGAGUCUUGGAUGUUUAUCUAUAUAUGUAUUUGUUAUAAAAUAUAGUAUCGUUGAGUUAGUAUCCCAUAACACAAGUCUCGAACUUACUUUGGGGCUAGCUCAAUCUGUGUGGAUUUGUCCUGACAUAUUUAUUUAUUUGAGGUCUGCAGAAUUAUUGUUAAAAUUACACAAUACUUUUGCUUGUAAUGAUCCAUUUCGGGUUUAUACCAAUCAGAAAAGUUAUGGAGUUGACGCGAGAUUCCAGAUUUUCUUUUUUGAAACUUUGAAAAUGUUGAAAAAUCUCUCACAUUUGUUAACAACUACACAUUAUUUCAUUAUGUAUAAUCGAAUAUAAUAAAAAGGACUUAUCGACUCCACCGUACAUAAGCUGCUUUACAAGCAAUGUAUUCGCGACUGCAUAAUUCUGUAAAUUUUAGAUGUAAGUCGUAGCCAUAUUUUCACAAAUUUUCGUUAAUAUUAAAAGUUCUACAACCGUAUAUUCUUUCUACGCUGACUCGUAGGUAUGUACAUAAUACCGAAUUUUAUUAAAAUAUUUCGGUGUUUUGUCGUUCCUUAUGCCUAAAGGUCGGUUACGUAAUAAUCAUUCUUAUCACUGCAUUGAAAAAUACCUAUUUUUGUAAUUUACGAUUCGCAGUGAGGGAAUUGUAUGGUAUUCCUGAACUAGGACAAUGCUUUUAUCUCUUCAUGUCCGACAUUGUAAAAUAGCUAUAAUUUAUGUAACCUCCAAGAGAGCUUACGAUAAUAAUGUCAUCAAAAAACGGAUUUUAAAUUUGUUAUAAGUUGAAAUUGAAAUAGUUUGCAAUAUUCGGCGUUUGAUUAGUUGAGAAAUUGACAUAGACUGAUGCAGACCAUUUUCUGUCGAAUAAUAAUAAAAGAACAGCAAUUAUAACAUAAGACUGAAGAUUUUGUUUGUUCAAAGAAAUAUUUGCAGUAGUUAUUGAGUUACACCCUUACUAAUAAUAAUAUAAUAACUUGAUAUUGCAUUAUCUGUUUUGAUUUUCCUCAGUGAAGUCUGUCUGGCUGUACUGCUAAAAAUAGACCAAUAUAACAAUUAUGUUGCGUAAUUAAAUAAUUUAGUUUUAUUUUGUUGUAGAACAAAUUUUAUUUCGUCACCACAUCACUCGAUGUCAAAGAUUUUUUUUUAUUAAUAUUAAAAUGUAUAUACACGAUGUUUUAUUUAUACCGAACAAGAUGAUUCGCAUUUAUAACUGUUUUUUUACAAGUUACCAAGUUUUAAAGCGAUGCAUUUAGUAAAUAUACAGCUAAUGUACUGGUUCAUGGGUUAUUAUGUUUAGCUGUUGAAGUAUGUCUUUUGAAAUCCUUGUGCGCAUGUAACAAGGGCUAAAAGUAAACUGUUUUUAUCUAAAAGUAUUUUUUUCAAACCUUGGGGAGACUUUUAAGUCCAGUUUUGUCCAGUAGUGGCAUGCGUCUUGUACUAAUCGCUCUUUUUUCAACGAUUCAUCUUUAUAUAUCUAUUAUAUCUGAGCGACAAUAUGUGAUUUCAAUUAUGUCAAAUUCAUGAAAAUACCGAAUUAGUAUAGAAUAAUCGAUAUAUAUUUAGAUAUUAUACACUCAAUUGUAAACUUUGUUUUUAAUUUAAGUCAGUACUGCUCAAUUUUAAAUUAAAUGCGAUUAGAUUACCUAUUUAUUGCGGUGCAAAAUUAUGCUUAUAUUAAAACAUGUAUAUUAAUCUUUUCACAUAUUUUUUAUUAAAAUUGUAUUUGCAUAUUUAAUGGAAAAGAAAAUGCACGUGUAAAAAUACACUUUGCUGAUUUUAAAUCUUAUUUUUCUCUUCGCAAAGUCUACAUUCAUUUGGCACUGAAAUAUUGAAAACUGACACUUAUGUGGCUCAAAAAUGCGAUUUCAGAAUGUUCGCUGAAAUCUCCACUUACCCGUCACUAUAAUAAAGCUCAAAUUUAAUAUUUGCGUUUCUUCGUGCACAUCACUCUAAUGCAGCCGUUUUGAAUAUUAAACAUAAUGACCCCACCUUCACAGCAAACUGAAUUGAAAUAUAUUUAUAAUCAUGCAAUAAUAUCGAAUUGUAACGACCAACGUUAUAGGUUGUAAUGUUAAGUACACACUAGCGAUACGUAAGCUUACCACCGCCUCACGGCUCCAAAUAAAUGUAUUUAACUCAGUUUACACAAUUUGGUGUUCACUACAGUAAGGAAAAAGUAUGUAUUUUUAUUGGUAUUUAUCGUACGUAUUUCAUGGUUUCGAUAUGUUGACGUAGGUAUUUUUUUUGCGCCUCUACAUCAUAAGGAGAUAGAAAUCUAUUUUCUAUGUCUUUUUGUAUUAUACCAUGUUCAUUGACAUUACGACAAAUUAGUUUACUAUAGUGAACACCAACGCUACAAAACAUUAUGCUUAGCAGCAUACUUUUCAAUAUAAUUAUAAUAAUAGGUAAUUAUAAAUAUUAAUAUAGAAAUACACGAGCGCUGGAUACGGCGCCAAUACUCUUUCGCUGUCAGAAUCCAUAAGCUAAAUCUGUCAGGAACAGAAAUAGACAUAAACAGAGUAAAAUGCUGUUGUGAAAAAUAUUACUUCAACACAAAAUACUCAACAAGCCUUAGUGAGUGACGCCAUCUCUUUCUUGCCUAAUGUGGGUUUUCUGUACACCAGAAAUAACAGAUGUUAGUACCUAAGCGUUGGGUCCGACGCUGUGUUUUCAUUGGUCAAUAAUUUGGCAUAUGCGUUAGGUUGUCAAAUUUAAAUGACAGUUUUGUGCUAUUUGACAGUUGGACCCGCCUUUGGGGAAAAAUCGAGAAAAUCCUAGCAUUUUUCUGAUGUUAAUAUGGAUUUUAACAGCGAAGAGACGAUAUGCCAGUAGGUCGGUUUUACUUGAACACGAAACCUCUGCGUCAGAAAUUGUUUUGCCGAGCAUAUCAGACGAUGUAAAUAGGUUUUGGUGUUGACUUAAAUUAAUAAAAUUGUUAAAUUUGUAA